CCGAACAGAGUCCCAGUUCCUGCAGGACAGGAGUCACCUCAAACCCAGCACACGCAGGACACAUGUUCCCCACCCCAGGGCACCUCUGCAGCAACAUGGCCCAGACAGGUGUCUUCCUGCGCAACCCCGGGUACCUCACCUCUGCCCCGCAGGCCGCCCUGCUCUUCAGCCUGGUCCUCACCUCCUUCCACUUAUCCUGCGGUACAGAAACCAGCAGCGGCAACUCAACCCUGAGUGCACACCACCCGGACCCUGGGACCCUGGAGCAGUGUGCCAACGUCGACUUCUGCCCACUAGCCUCCCUGUGUUGCCGCUCUUCUGUAGAUGAAUAUGGCUGGAUCGCUGCGGCGGUUGGCUGGAGUUUCUGGUUCCUCACCCUCAUCCUGCUGUGCGUGGACAAACUGAUGAAGUUAAGUCCAGAGGAGCCCAAAGACCAGGCGGCAUGAGUGCAAGGAUGGCUUUUUCUACUAUGUGUGGAUAUGGGGGUGCGGGGUGGGGAAGGCAGCGAGGGGGGUGCUUCUAGAAGCUCCUGUCUCUUUAAAGUCAUGUGU